AUGAACCAGGCACAAAGUCUGCUGCUUGAAGGCCUUAUCAGGACAAAGCAUGUAGCCAACGCUGCCAUUAUCAAAAUAUCCGACAUGACUGUGGUGACGACAACUCCAGGCUUUAACAUUCAGAGUGCUGCCCCGGUCUUCGUCCAAGCCUUCUACAACAACCUGUUGCUAAUUCGAAAGGAAGGGCAGUUCUUCAAAGACAGGUAUUAUAAAUGCGUCCGAGCAGAUAACAGCUCCAUCUACCUUAAAGCGAAAGAAGAAGGAGUAAUACUGGUUAAAACAAAAAACUUCAUCGUGGUUGGGACAUAUUGCCAAGGUAUGUAUCCCAGUGUCUGUGUCGAGUCAGUGGAGAAACUAGCAGACUACCUCAGAGGAAAGGGGAACUGAAGAAAGGAAGAAGGAAGGGGGCAAAAGAGGUUCUGUUUUCACUCAAAGGUCUUGCUCGGCAGAACCAGGCAAAGAAAUGUCCCUUUUCUGAACAGCACAAUAUGUUCUCUGCAGGUCAGUCUCACUGGACAUGUCCUUUAAAGGCACACAGGAGAAUACCCAGCAUCAUCAUUAAACACUUUCAAAAUGCAGACAAGCAUGUUGGUGUGGAAUUGUAUUACUGUAGCUCUAUUUCCAGAGAUGGAUGUGGCAGGCAAGCAGACGGCAUGGGUGGAGACAGGGACCCUCCUCUUGCCAUUAACCUGAGAUGAGAGCAAACCAGCUGAGAUUGGCAGAGCUGUUGUCACAGCAACCACAAGUGGUAAGGCUCAACGUUGUCAAGGGAAAGGACCACCAGGUUGCCAAGGCUACGGGCCCCUGGCCCUCUAUGGGUAAUUUCCUGUCAGAGCCAGCUCUACCGUUGGGCACAGUAAGGCAGCAGAUCAAAAGAGCAGCAAACCAUAGUUUUCUUUGUUUUAUUCUCAAGAAGAGGCAUUUCUGGGAUUUUGUUUUGCCUCAGGUGCAACUUGGAUUGCCUGGACUUGGAUGCUAGAGGGACCUGCAUUUGCUGCCAGACAAUACAUGUUUUCCAUCAGAUCCUGGGUGAACACCGUCUUUGCCAUGCCCAAUAAUACAGAGUGCAGCCUUUCUCAAGCUGAGGGAGGGCUGCACCAGCCACAGACUGGCAUGCCAGGGGUUGCACUUUGAAAGUGGACAGGCUAGGACAAAGGAGUGGGUGAGCUAGGACCAAUUUGAGAUUUGAGUUAAUCAGUGUUAAUUGUAAAUAGUCAAUAAAUGCUGUUAAUAGUA